CAGAAACAAUCAGAAAUCUUGUUUUAAUUGAAUAAUUGUUUCAGCUCUAAUGUGGAGUAUAAACUAUAAUCUGCUCCAACUAAAAAUGAGAGGAUGUAAUCUUAAAGACAGGCCGGUACAUGGAAACGUUUCACAGUUUCACUCAUCCUCAUACUGGAGAAAUAAGAUCUUUAAGAUACACAAGCGUUCCACAAAUUGUGAAUUACGUGUUUUCAUUUUGCAGCUGUGGAGUUUCUGUGCAUUUGGCAAACAACAUACUCAGCAUUCUCUUACCAAGCCACAUGUUUAUUUCUUUUUCACCAUUUUGACAUUUUGUUUUUUAAUCUGCACUGACGUGUGUGUGUGUGUGUUAUUUUGUCUGAGAAUGUGUAAUACAAACAGGCGGCGAUUAAGACACACACCUGUGUAUACAUAGCAGGUGGAGCGUUCUCCGUUUUAACACUGUUGUUUGCAGUGUUUUGAAAAGAGCACUCUUGAAGCUGGAUAUUUUGUUCGUCCUAAACGAGGCUCGUUUAAGACAAAAAAACAAAACGUCCUAUUCUAUUAUGUACUCUGAAUAUUUUUGUACAAGUACGAGUCUACACUUUUACUUUUGUUGUACUGAGGCAAAUGUUUAUUACAUGUUUUAUCGUGUUCAGUGUCGCCAAUGAGCACGGUUGUUUUUACAGAAUGUGUAGAAAAGCAUGAAACUGGAGUUUAUUCAAGUCUCACUCACGCGGUACAAAGACUGACUUUGAAUAACCACUGUGUCAUUAACAGUCUCAUAAAUCCAAACUGUGUAUUCUAAAUAACUGUUUACAAAUUGCGGGGCUUUAAUUUCAGUCCAAAUGCUCUACUUAAGCUUUUCAUUUAUAAAAAGGUUUACACAUAAGGGAAAGCUGUUUUUAUAUUUCUGUCUGUCUAUUUCUUUAUCAAAUCAGUUUCUUUAUUAAAUCUGAUUAUAAAAGUUAUAUAAAGUCAAGCCUCCUUUGCAGUAAGAAUAUUCUGUUAUGGGUCAAAAUGUUAUGUUUUAAUAGGGUGUAGCCUUUAAUACGGCACAUCAGUAUAAACAUUCUACCUACUGGUCUUCCCUUAAAACAAACAUCACUAUUCAAAUACAUUCCAGUGAAAAUAGACGGGUUCACACCUUUAUAUAAAGCGUUUGUCAGAGUUCUCAUGCACAUCAUCUUCCUUUCGAGUGGCUUACUGCAUAUCUAAGGAUGGAGACUUUCCAUGUGUUUAUUUGUGUUCUGGCACUGAUUCCACUCUGCCACGCUCUGUGCACCACUGUGGACAAAGACGAGAAAAUCAAGGGGUGUGUGGAUAAAGAUGGAAACCUGCACAACUUUGGCUCUGACUGGACGAAGGACUGUACUGACUGCACAUGCACAGAAAAUGGGUUGACCUGCUGCAACUUGUUUCCAGAUGAUGACAUUCCUCUAGAGUGUGAGCUGAUGGUAAAUAAAACAGACUGCACUUUCAGGAUCGUGCAGAAGUCGGAUAAUACAAAAUAUUGUGACCUUAACUGAGCACAUGACAGUGUGGCCUUUGCUCUGGCCGUACAGUAGGUGACGAAGACAAAGGCUAAUCAAACUUGGUCUUUUUUAAAUGCCAGUUUUAAUAAAGUCAUGACCUGCUCCA